AUGAAUUAUUAGACUUUCAAACCUUCUAUCUUAAAUGAUAAAACUAAUAACUUUCCUAUUUAAUACAGAUCAAGUGUAAAAUCUUGUCAUAAAAAUUCUGAUUUUAAUAGCAGUUUUCAUGAGAAUAAAUUAUUUGGUCAAUAAUUAGAAUACAUCAAACAACUCGAUGAAUAAAAAUCAAUAAUUGAAGGAUAAAAUCAAUUUAUUUAGAUCUUACGCAAUUCUAUUGAAAAUAAAUUAUAAAUUGAAGGAUUUCAAUAAGUUUUAGAUUAGGUUUUGAAUAUGUCAAGAGAAUAAAAAAUUGAUUUAUUUGCAUUACUUUCAUAACUUUAUCAAGAGCUUUAUAUUUAAAAUUAAAAUAUAACUUAGAUUGAAAAUUUAUAACAAUUAGUUGAUAAUUUAAAUCAUUAAAUCAACUUUUAUGCUAAAGAAUUAAUGGAAUUAAAAGUCGAUAAAUAAUAUUUAAUAGAUCAAUUAGAUUCUUAAGCAAGUACUACUAAAGAUGAUGAUACAAUCAUAUUUAAAAAUGCAUAAAUUCAAAAAUUAGAAUCUGAUAAUAAUCAUUUGAAAUCAUAACUAUAAUAACUUUAAUAAUAAAAUGAAAAAUAUUAAUAAGAUAUGCACUAGCUAGAAAAGCGAUUAAAUAAAAUUCACAUCAAUUUAAAAACAGAAGAAUGUGAAAAGGAAGAAUUAAUUAAAGAAUUAGAUAGUUUAAGAUAAACAUUUUAUAUAAGUCAAUAAAAAGAUGAAUAAAAGUAAGAAUUAAAUUUAGCACUCAAAGAGUAAGAAAUAGAAUUCCUAAAUAAUAAAAUAAGAAAGCUUGAAUAACAAAAUGAUGAAAAAAAUAAUAUUUUAGACCAAAAUUUUUAAUAAACGGAAACAUUAAAAUUUUAACUUAAAGAUCAAGAACAAAAUUUUUCAUAUUAAUUGGAAGAAUAUGAGUUCAAAUAAAAUUAGAUUAAAGCGGAAUGUCGAGAAUUAUGUUAAUAUAGAGAUUAACUUUAAGAAUAAUUAUCAGUUUCAGAAUAAUUUAUUUAAUAAAGUAUGAAAUUUAUAAUAAUUUAAAGUAACUUUAAAAGUUAAUUAGAUUGCAAAUAGAUAAGAUUUAGAUAUCUUAAAAAAUCUUUUCUAUUUAGAAGAAUUGAUAUAAAAUUAAUCAUACUCUGAAUAAAAAUAUUAAUAAUUGGAUUAAGAUAAAUCUUAAAUAAUAUUUGAUUUGCAACAUUAAGUUACAGACUUUCAAUAAAUUAAUUAAUAAUUAUCAUAAUAGAUUACUAUAUAAACAAAUUAAUUAUAAUAAUAAUAAAAUGAUCUAAAAUUAUUUGAUAAAUAAAAACGAGUACUUAAAUAAGAACUUAUUCAUCUAAAAUGUUUGGAAGAACAAAAGAAUAAAGAAAUUUAAGAAUUAUAAAUAUAAUAUUCAAAGUAUGAUAAAAAAUUGUCUACUCAACUUGAAUUACAAGUAGAAGUAGAGAAAGAGAAUGCAUAGUUGAAAGAAUAAUUGAUAAUUUUACAAUAACAGCUUAAUAACAAUAAGAAUUAAUUAUCAAAUAAAAAAAGUAUAGCAUCAUCCAGCUAAGUUUCAAUAUUGGAGUAAAAAGCCAAAAACUUUGAUUAUAUUGCUUUAUUAAAAACCGUAAAAAUAUUAUUUAUCGUAGUUUGAAAUAGUGAAACCACUUUUUUAGAUUGAGUGUUAAGAAAUAAUUUAAGAAAUGCUGGUGCUAUAAAACAAAUUAGUUAGAACUGAAGCAGUUGAUAGUGAACUAAUUUAAUAGGAAGUGUUAUUAUAACAAAAGUUAUCUAAUUAAUAAUAAAAAUUUAAGGAUAGUUAAUAGUAAAUUAAGUAAUUAAUUUCAGAAAACAAAGAUUUAAAACUAAAGGUUAAAAACAUAAUUAUUUUAGAUGCUUAAUAACUAAGUACAAAAUUUAAAUCAAAGUUAUUCUUAAACAAAUUAGUCGUUUGGAUAAGAAAAAAAUUUUACCAGAUAUCAUAAAUAAUCAAUAUCCGUCCAUAAUAAUGCCAAAUUAAUUCCAAAAUGAAAAUUGUUUCUUGUUUUUUUUAUCUAUAUUUUUUAAAUUGA